AUGGUCCACCUCCCCCUCUUCGCUGCCUGCGUCGCCGCAGUCUUCUACCAAGCCACCACCUGCGCCGCCCUUCCCCUCGUCAUCCGUCCCUCGGCCACCGCCAUCGUCCCCGUCACCUACGCCUUCAACCCUCAACGGCCUUUCGCGCGUCUCGCACCCUCCCCUCGCCUGCACGUCGUCGACGACUCAUCCGAUUCCGAGGAUGCUACUCUCGCACCAUCAUGGAUCGCACCCGAACCUUUCGCCGCACAAGCUUCGCUAGCUGCCGCUGUGAACGAUGACAGCCUCUUCAGCGAUGCUCUUUACCCCUACGCUGCGACUGCCAGUCCGACCGGUAUCGAGGCGAGCAUUGCGGCUGUACUGGCGUCGAGGCAGCUGCAGGGGGUCGAGAAGUGGCAGCCCGACGCGGGGUCGAAGGAGAAAUUGCACAGGAGGAGCGCGGUUGUGCAGGCGUCUGUCAAGUCGGCGCGGACGACGAUGCGGGACAGGAAGACGCAGAAGGCGGGAGGCCCAGGUCGGAGGACGAUGGGCUCAGUUCGAGCGGAACAGGCGGUCGAAGCCCUGCCCGUCGCUCGGCUCGCCUAG